CGGCGAAGAAGAAGCCGGUCAGAAUCUUCCCGGCCGCAAAUAAGGACCAAAGUGGGAGAGCAGGGAGCAGCACGCCUGGGCCCAGUAAGCGCGAAAAGAAGACGUCGAAUACAAAUAAGGCCGAAAGUAGCAGCUCGGACGCUUCAGACCGAGAGUACGACACCUUUCCCGUGCAACUGGCUGGAAAAACGGAGCAAGGAGGCAACACGAGCAAGGCUUUACUAAAGCAGGAAACAGAGGAGGACGACGAUCGCUAUCACAUCAAGCGGAGCGACAACUUAGUGGACAAGGUUCUGCAGCAGCAGCUCUCCGCGAUCCUUUACAACCACCUGGAGGAAACUGUAUCCAUCCAGGUGACUAACGUCUUCAGUCUGAAUCAACGGCGGUCCCUCCAGUCGAUUCGUGAAAUCCGCAGCAUCUCUUGGUUAAAACUGUAUAAGGAUAUCACCAGGGAAGAAGAGGACCAAGUGCGAGAGCUGACCGACAGGGUUUACUACUCUAAGGGGGACGAGUUGGACAAGGCUGCUCUCCGCGCCGAAGUCAAUAAGUACGUUGUGCAGCUUGGCGGGUCUUUCUUGCAGGACGUUCUCCUCAAAUCGGUGGCGACUUUUCGCAAAGAAAGUGGGUCAUUUCCUUCGAGUAUUGACCUUAGCAAACUGUUCAAAAGUGGCACUGAAGAGUGGAUGAUUACCCUGCACUCGCCGAGGGUCUUCUUAUGCUUAGGGUGGAUCCCCUUGUCCGAAGUUGAUAAACUCGAGAGAGCAAUUAGGGAGCAGCGCAAACACGUUCCAAGCCUCGGGGUCCUACGGCCGCACAUCGAGCAAGCGGCGUCCGAGGCGGCCCGGUCCUCGCUCACGAGCUUCACUGAGAAUUUUAUUAAAAGUUUGGCACUGCAAGUGGUGCAAGUCGUGAAGUCGGACGGAAGCGGCGGGGCAAAACAUAAGGCUAACAAGGCACCUCAGCAGACGCAGCGAUCGCCCGACCCCAGUGCGGGCUCGGGUUCCUCUUGGUGGUGGAAUUACCCUCCAGCGGGAGGCUAUCGUGGUGGCCCCUCCCCGCGCGGCGUUUCCCAGAACAUCCUCCCCGUGCCUACCUUCGGGCACUACAACCAGCAGCUAAAUGCCGCGGCGAAAACUAAAGGCAAGUUUGGAUCCAAAGACAGCGGGGCUAACCCUAGUGCGAAAGGAUAGGGUAAACCUUGCACAGCAGCGAACUUGGGUAUCGUAUCGUGAUGAGGUUGAAUGUUGCUCGGAUGUCGACUCCGACGUUUUCUUGCGUUACGGCGUACACCUGGCGCAGUCGGGUUAUUCGAACAUCAUCCAGUACGUGAACAGUGCAUUUCGAUUUGAGCGAUGUCGUCCACCUUCGGCUCCAUCUCCAAAGAUAAGCGACCUGUUACGGGUCGAAACAAAUAUUAAAGACGUUUAUAAACGCCUCAAGGAAUUCGAAAGAGAGGCGCGCAAGGCUUCGCCCUUGGCUGAUCUCCUACUGAUCGGCAAACUUCAAAGCAACUCUGUGCAGUUUGUUGCUUCACUCUUGUUGUCCACCGGCCUUCGGUCGGAUGCUGCAGUUCGCAUUUCCUGUGACGCUGACAUCGUAAAAGUGGGAGGGACGGAGAAGGCUUUGAGAUUGAGAAUUUUAAAGGAUAAAGUGUGCAGUCAUUUCUCAAUGUGGGUUUGUUCUUGCGGCAGCCAAACCGGGGCAAAGUUCUGCUACCACCAUCAGCAGUUCUGUCUUCCCAUCUCCAAAGAUCUCAUCCGUCAUGUCUCGAAUAGUUUUAGCGGUAACCUUACAACCCACUCCUGGCGGCGCACCCAUCUACUAUGUGUAAAGGACGUGAUGAGUGUAUCUGGAUUCGUCUUAAGCUCUGCGGGGCGGCGGCGCUUAAAUGAGUCGCUAGGGUGGUCGCCUCACAGUAGGCAACUAGAAAAUUAUACGAGUGAUAGCACUUCGUGGAACAUAUCCAACUCAAAAAUCUUGUCUGCCGCUACCCGGUAUUAUGUUUUUGGUUUUAAAGAAAUAGGCGGCUCUUAA